AUGAAAUUUUACUGCUAUAAAAACAGCACCAGGGUCCCCACAAUGAGCGGUAUCAUUUUCAUUGCAUUCGUCACCAUCUUCUUCUUCGCAACAACAUACCCAUAUCGUUUAUGGACUAACUAUGAAGACGGACAAGGAAACUACAUCAUACCAUACGAACUCGACAAAAAGUACGAUCAGAGGACUGACAAGAGAAGACGUAUCCUUGCAGCAAUGCAAGAAAUCGGAAACAACACGUGCAUACGCUUUCAAAAGCGUGAUGCGAAAGAGUUCAAACACGAGUACUUGAAGAUUUUUCUAGGCACAAAAGGGUGCUUGACCUGGUUUGCUGGUAGGCCCGAACGUCUUGAUAUCCCUACCAGCAAUGGAGUGAGGUUAAGCUAUGAUUCGUCAUACACUUGCUUUUAUCGAAAGACUAUUAUACAUGAAUUACUUCAUGUGAUUGGUUUGGAUCACACACAGCAAACUAUAAAUGAGAGGAACUACACGAAGGAACAUAAAAUCAAAGAGCGUCUCACGGAGCAUGAUUUCCAAGUCAAGGUCCAUUUCAAAUGGGUUUGCCAAACGUACAAGUGCAAGAAGUGUCCGGCUAUGAAGAACUGAGGAUGCUGAUAUAAGCUGCUUUAUAACAAUCAAUGUCAGAGGAACAUUACUCAAACACUGAAAUAAAUAGGUUCUGUUGCA